AUGGUCAUUCUUAGAUGCCGAGUCUUAAUUGUUGGCGACGCCACUGUAGGCAAAACUUCUAUGGUCCAAACCUUUAUUAAUGGCCCAUCAGGAUUCCCUAAAAACUACGCAAUGACUCCAGGCUGCGAAAUUUUUCAAAAACAAGUCAAGCUUGAAAACUCAGACAAAGUGGUGGAGUUUCAGAUCAUCGAUACUGGCGGCCAAAGCAUUUUUAAAGAUAUUGCGCUUGAUAUGGUGAUUUUUAUUUUAGUUCCCAAGAUCCAAUGCUGUUAUAUUUGUAUACGAUGUAACAAGCCAAGAAAGUUUCAGAUCCUUGCAAUACUGGAUCAGGGCCGCCAGAGAUACUUUAAAAGAAUCAUAUUUCACAGGGAUUAUUGUAGCAAAUAAGACUGAUUUAAAUGACAGAAUUCGUGUAGAAAUGCAAGAAGGGGCGAGCUUUGCGAAUCAAAAUAGAUUUGAGUUUAUUGAAGUAUCAGCAGUAAACUUUAUUUAGCUUAAAACGCAAGAUGUAGAAGUGCCAUUUAAUAGACUGGCUGCUAUCUUUGCUAGAAACUAUGAGGAUAGGGUGCAAGAAGUGCUAGCUCUCCAAAUCUGGUCGAGCAGUUUUCAUGUAUUGCAAUUUUUGUAUAUUAAAUCUAUUUGUUUUAAGAUAUAAUUAUUUCCUAAAAAAUUAUUUAGCCCCUAUUCUUGACCCAAUGACAAUGAGCUGCUCGAUAAAGAAUGAAGGAGUAAGAUUUAGUUAA